AUGCCCAACGACGACGCAUUCAGCAAGCCCUCGGCACCGUCGGAGGCCCCGCACGCCCCCGGGGCACCACCGCAGGGGAAAGCCGGGGGCUUCGGCAAAGCAGCAGGAGCGCUACUGGGCUCCGCGGGCGCCGGGGGCAGCGGCGGCGGCUCGGGCUCGGGGGCGUCGGGCAUGGCCGCUGCAAGCAAGAAGUCCCCACGGCUGCCCAAGUGCGCGCGGUGCAGGAACCACGGCUACGCGUCGCCGCUCAAGGGCCACAAGCGCUUCUGCAUGUGGCGGGACUGCCAGUGCAAGAAGUGCAACUUGAUCGCGGAGAGACAGCGCGUGAUGGCCGCGCAGGUGGCCCUGAGAAGGCAGCAGGCCCAGGAAGAGGAAUUGGGGAUCAGCCACCCCAUCCCGCUGCCCAGCGCUGCUGAGCUGCUUGUCAAGAGAGAGAACAGCGGCAGCAACCCGUGCCUGAUGACUGAGAGCGGCAGCUCGGCGCAGCCCCCGCCGGCCAGCACCCCCACCACUGCAGCUUCAGAGGCACGCAUGGUCAUCCAGGAUAUUCCUGCUGUCACCAGCAGAGGGCACAUGGAGAACACACCUGACCUGGUUUCAGAUUCCACCUACUACAGCAGUUUUUACCAGCCGUCGCUGUUCCCUUACUACAACAAUCUGUACAACUACCCGCAGUACUCCGUGGCCUUGGCUACCGACUCCUCUUCCGGGGAUGUGGGAAGUCCCCUCGGGGGGUCCCCCGUGAAGAAUAGCCUUCGGAGUCUCCCAGCACCUUAUGUGCCUGGUCAGACAGGAAACCAGUGGCAGAUGAAAAACUCGGAGAACCGCCACGCGGUGAGUUCCCAGUACAGGAUGCAUUCUUACUACCCGCCUCCCUCCUACCUGGGCCAGAGCGUGUCCCAGAUCUUCACUUUUGAGGAUGGCCCCUCUUACGCGGAAGCCAAAGCAAGUGUAUUCUCGCCGCCCAGCAGUCAAGAUUCUGGCUUGGUUUCCCUCUCCAGCAGCUCUCCUAUUAGUAACGAGAGCACAAAGGGAGUGCUCGAAUGUGAGUCUGCCUCAGAGCCCAGCAGCUUCACGGUCACGCCCGUCAUCGAGGAGGACGAGUAAUCGUCGCCCCAUGCCUUUGGCCGUUCACUUGGAAUAGCAGGCUAAUUCUGUUUAUACACAGGGUUUGUUAUUAAUAUUUUGCCUUGACUUAACUGUUGAGAACGUGUUUCGCUUACACUCCUUAGAGCUUAGUCCAGAGGCUAAAACACAUUAGGAAUAGUUUAGGAUCCGUGACUACCACCCGCCAGAAUUAAGUGCUUUGCUCAUGGAGUUAAACAGUCGUGUCCCUCAUUUUUUUAUGACACUGGUUUACUUGUUUUCAAGAAAUACCAUAAUUCACUCAAGUCAAGCAGUAUGUUGCAGCUAAAUGUGUUAUAAUUAGAUAUUACUUUUAGUUUUAAAAUGAAAUCUUAGGUGCCUUAGAUUUUUUUGAAUUUUAGUAUUUUAAUAAAACUGCAAAAAUAUAAAUUUAGCCAAGUACCUGACCGUUGAGAAGAAAACAGCAAAGUUAGUGAUUAUUUUAGAAAUCUGCAGAAGGUCAGAGUAAAUGGACAUACUGUGUUUGUGUUGCUGUUGGAAAAGCCUAGCCCCAGUCCAUCUCCCCAAAUCCAUGACA